AUGUCGAAGACUCUAAUUGUUCUUAGUCUGGUGUUGUGGGCUGGUGUAGCGCUGUGCAAACAGUAUGUGUACAAUGAUGACGCCAAUGGUUGGUUGAAACUUCACAAGAUUCCACUGCCAUGGCAGGAAGCUUUCAUGACGUGCCACUUCGAAGAUGCAGUACUAGCGUCGCCCACAAAUGACGCACUACAUCAAGCUAUAUUGACUGCGGUGGAGAAAGCAGAUAUCGAUUUUCCUAUUUACAUAGGAACGAAAGAAAUGUUCGUUUACGGACAGUACGCGUCUAUCGAAGGAGUUCAAUUAGAAGACAUGCCUGUAAAGUUUUAUUCUACCAACGGCAUAAAACCUGAAGCUUGUGUGAGUUUGAUGGCAGAGGGAGUAGUCGCAUUUACUAGCUGCACAGAAUGGUUGCCAUACAUUUGCUAUAAGAAAAACACAACUCAACUGAAGUACAACCAUGAUUGUGGAACUUUUGACAGAGAGUACCACUACAAUGCCGCGACGGGUAGCUGCUACAAGUUGCACAAGCAAGCAAGGACUUGGCGAAUUGCGUAUAAGGUAUGCACAGCCGAGGGAGGCCACCUCGUUAUCAUCAACGACAAAACUGAAGACGAAGUCGUGGUGAACAUAUUGAAAAAAAAACCAAGAAACCUUCCUUGGGAACUAUCACACACUGGAUUUUUCGACUGGAACAAAGAUUUAUUAACCUUCCUCACUAUUCAUGGGGAGAAAAUGGAUACUGUUUAUAACAUCUGGAACGAAAAUCAACCCGACAACAAAGGAGUGAAUAUUUACGGAGGAAUCUUAGAAAACGGUAAACUGGACGAAGAGUGGGACAGCAGAGAAGCUUACUUUGUUUGUGAAAAGGAUCCAAAAAUUCAACUUUAUGACCAAUGGGAAAGUUGUUCUGAAGGGUGCUUCUGA